AUGAGGAAGCAGAGCAGCCCUUCUUCCUCCGCUUUACCUCUGGUUCAUCCUCUCCUGCUUCUCACUCUGUUGUUUGUAGCUAAGGAUGGUGGCAUUGUUAGAGUUGCAAAGGGAGGGAAGAGAAGGGUUUCUAUCCCAGAUGAGCUGGAAGACGCGAUCGAUGACGAAGAGGAUGAUGCUACGAGGAAAUGGGCCCAAAAACCCAGCCCAUCGCAAGAUUCCGAAUUCGAUCCUCCUCCGGAUUUCAGUAAGAUGGAUCCAUCACAGAUUCUGGCCGAAAUGAUGAAGCAGCAAUCUAGCCCCUCUUUUGGUUUCGUCAAACUUCGAUUAGGUGUUCGACGUUCGCCGGAUAUGGUUUCGGAGAUUGCUAUGAAAUGGACCAAGGUUCUCAAGACUGAAUCAAUUGAGGUCAAGUUCAUCUGGGUUUGGUCGAGCAGGUGCUUGGGUCGUUGA